GUGUAGUACACAAGCAAAGAACUGUUUGAGGCCUCCGUAGUCUGUAAUCGAAGAAGAGAGAAAUGGAGGGCUCGAAGACGAUCGCUCACGAAAUCAAUGGGAACGAAAAGGAUGCUUUGCGCUUUGGAUUACAAGGCGUUAAGAGUGAAAUUGUUCUUGAUGCUCAUCCCCUCCAAUCCGCGCUGGAAUCGACGAGGGUAAAACAAGGGCAAAUGAAAAGAAAGAUCCUCGCUAGCACUUAUGGGUCAGCUUUUCCUUUGAAGAUGGAUCUCGACAGGCAAAUCUUGUCUAGAUUCCAGAGACCUCCUGGAGCAUUGCCAUCUUCUAUGCUAGGUUUGGAGGCUCUCAGUGGAAGCUUGGAUGACUUUGGCUUUGAAGAGUAUCACCCUGAUCCAUGUGACUCAGAAACUCUCCGGCCAGUAGACAUGCAUCAUGGAAUGGAAGUUCGUCUUGGCCUCUCCAAGGGACCGCCCUGCCCUAGUUUUAACUGAUCUACUCCAUUUGCGCAUUGUCAUUGGGGUUGCAUUGUUCCUUCUGUUUCAUUGUGGUUACUACAUACUGAUUAUAUACACUGAAUUGAAUUUAUGUAAUUGAGUAUCUGGAAACGCAACGGAAGGCCAUGGUCUGUCAUUCUAAUGCACAAAUUUGCCUGAGAAAGAAGAAAAGUCUAUGUUACCUAGCCUAUAUGGUUCUGUUUUGGUGUUAUUUCAAUGGAUUUUUAGAAGUUUGGUUUA